AUGUUUUGGACGUUCGGUUACCAUCUGGGCAACAUCAGAUUAGCUUUAUGUCUAUGCCUCAUCUAUGCAACCGUUCAGACUUUUGCUCAACAGCAAAGCCAGACGACCGUGGAGGAACCUGAGCCCUCGUCUAGCGAUACCCCAGAAGUCAGUGACCCGUCAGAAACGGAUCCCACAACUACUUCGGAGAUAUCCCCCAGUACCGAGGUAUCGCCGCUUCAGCCCGAUAAAACGAAGGAGUCGCCAUCCGGGGAUCUGUCAACCGAUACUAAGCCCGAUACACGAAGUCUCCGUUUUAUCGUUGACCCAGCAGGCCCCAGCAACACCACGCCAACGUUCGAGACAUGGGGUGUUCUACUUGUCAUAGUUGCGGGGUUCAUCUUUAUCCUAAACAUCCUGAUCGGAUUCUGUCUGGUCAAUCUCUAUCAUGGACUAAUGAUCCAGCGAGAAGGCAAGAAGCAACUCCACGACUAUUUUGAUGAGCUUCACAAUGAACGGAUUUCCAGUACGGCGAACAAUAAGAACUACCGAGGUAUUGGCAAGGAGAUACGCGCGGGAAAAUAUUUGCCAAAAGCCUACGUUGGAGUCAUCCACCCACCGGAACCCCUCAACGCCAAAAAUAUCGCUGCGAUCACCGAGCUGAUGGCGAACUAUCCA